CAGACCCAAACCCAGCCCCACACUGCAGCUGAAGCAGGCGCAGCUUUGUCCGACACCGGCGUUUUAUUUCGCAGCAGAAGGUCGUCUCAUCAACAACACCAAAAAACUACAACCCAGCACUUUUUACGUCGCUAUUUUUCUUCAUAAUUUUACGAAGAACCCUGGAAACGAAAAAUGGACGUUUGUAAAAGCAGAAGAUUUGUUAGUUGACGUCGUGUUUGUUCGUACUCGUUGCUAAGUGGCUAGUUGUUAGCAUUACUGUACCAGAGAUAUCACCUAAAAACAUCGGAAAAAACAACAGACGAGCAACAAGUGCAUUUUAGUUUUAUUUACAUUACUUCUAAAUAGUUAGUGUUUCGUUUUAAAUCGUGUAAAAGUGUUACUGUAACUUAGAUCGUAGUAAAAUUGAAGCGCGUAGUCUUAGUAUUGAAUUCAUAUCGGUAUCAAGGAUCCACCCCCCAUUGGAUUGAACUGGGUAGCCUCUGGUUUGAUGGCAGCUUCAGCUAGUGCCCGAAGACUACCCAUUGGUGUGAGGACAUUGAGUGACUUUCUGCAGAUUGCAACGGUGGGCUCUCCUCGCUCAACACGAACGGUGCUGCAAAGAGGAUGCAUGAGACAACAUAUCAGGUAUUUAUCAUCAUGUGGUAUCCUAAUGACCAGGACUCCCAGAGUGCUUUGCCUUCAUGAGGGGGACAUGAUGUCGGCAGCCCCCCACAGCCGGAGCUUCAUCAGCCUCACCAACAAAAGGAAGGAAUACUCAGAGCGCAGAAUACUGGGGUAUUCUAUGCAGGAGAUGUACGAUGUGGUGGCCAAUGUUGACGAUUACAAGCAUUUUGUCCCUUGGUGCAAGAAGUCCCAGACCAUAAUGAAGAGAGCGGGCCAUGCCAAAGCUCAGCUAGAAGUGGGUUUUCCUCCGGUGGUCGAGAGAUACACAUCCAUGAUCACCAACGUUCGACCGCAUUUAGUCAAAGCUGUCUGUACAGAUGGAAAGUUAUUCAAUCACCUUGAGACAAUAUGGCGCUUUAGUCCUGGAAUACCCGGUUACCCACGCACAUGCACUGUGGACUUUUCUAUUUCCUUUGAGUUCCGCUCGCUGCUGCAUUCCCAGUUGGCCACCAUGUUUUUCGACGAGGUGGUGAAGCAGAAUGUGGCUGCGUUUGAGCGGCGAGCCUGCAAACUGUUCGGACCAGAAACACGGAUCCCGCGAGAACUCAUGUUUCACGAGGUCCAUCAGACGUGAGCCACCGCCACCACCAAACCUCCACAAAAACCGGCCUUAAAACCAAAACUCUGACACAUUUCUCCUGCCCCCACCUGCACGAGACUGCCCACAUGGUCUCAUUUUAAGCUCCACUUUAGCUCCAAUAGCUGCUAAUAAAUGUGUAAGACCUUCAAAUCAUUGGUUGAUAGUGCCAUGUAUUAUGUCUCUGCCUCACUUCUGUUAGUCCAGCUUGUUCAUUUCUACCUCUGCGAAAAGGAUGUUUUUGGCCUCUUCUAACAAUGUUCUCAAAACAGUAAGGCUGCACAAUAUGAGAACAACAUAUGUCAUGUAUUUCACAAUACCUUUUACAGCGUUUCAAUUAAUGUCGUAAACAACAUCGAACUUCCCUUCAAUUCUCUCAAAAAUUUAAAUUUUGUAAAAAGUUCCUCUACAGAAGUUAAUGGUGGCUUGGAAUAUCCCCCAGUACAUUUAUCUCCUUGGAGAGAAGCAGGUGACUCCACCAUACCAAGUUACAGCUUAGGUCUGUGAAGAGACAAUCCUGCUCACAAGCCCAUGCAAUGAGCAGGGACAUUUCCUUUUACCUGAAAAGUUGCUUGAAAAUAAAUUCUUUAUUUGCUGGUCUAAAUCAGAACUUUACAAAAUCAGAAUCUUAAUUAAGAUUAUGAUAUAAAAUAAUUGUUAGAAUAUUUCAAGUCUUGACACAUUUUCAUUUUAAGCAGUGCAUGAAAAUAGAACUGUGUAAACCGUAUAUAUUUAGUUUGUUCAAAGAUAUUGUGUGGCCUUACAUGACCUUCCACAUGCUGUUUAUGUAAACCCCACAGUUGAAUGAUCAUGUUACCAACAUAGCUGAGCUGUUUUUACAGAAUUUGGGUUGUUUAUUUUAUUGCAGUGGUUCUCAAACUUUUCCCACAAAGUAUCAAAGAAAAUAUUUAACUUUCCAAGUACUACCAGAUCUGAAUCGGGACUAGGCCAGAGCUAAACUAGUUCUAAAGAGGGCAAAAACAUGAAUAAUUUUACUCCAAAUUAAAAUGAGCCCAUGUACCAUAGUUUGAGAAGCACUGCCUUACUGGAAAGCUGCAUAUUUUUGAGACCUUAUAAUGGAUAUCCACCAACCUUACGAGACCUGUUACACUGGAACAAGCACAUUACUAUUAUAACAUUUCGCAAAAUCCCUUGCAUUAUUUUCAUUAGUUAUCAUUGCAAGCUUGGUGCAAAAUCAAAUAGUUAAUUUAUUCAGCAGCGGUUAUAUGCAUAGCAUUGUUUUCUAGUUAUUAAAGGUGCCAUGUGGUAAGAGAAAUGUCUUUUUGUGACAUUUUUCAAGGGGAAAAUAUAUAUAAUAUUUGGGAAACAAAGAUUUAUUUUGACAAUUGUUAUGCUGUGAGGAGUUUGUUUUGGUUUGAAAGAUUUGAAUGACCAUCUUUUAAUAAUGUAUUAUUUUACAGCCUGAAGCAAUGUUUGACUAUGUUAAAAAUAUAUAGUACAUCUUCUACCAACAUAUCUAAAAUCGUAAAGGUUUUAAAAAAUACAAAGGCGUAACUUGCACAAGAAGAGACGGGAGAUGUUAUUGAAUGUAUAUGACAUUACCUAGAUAAUUAUAUAUAGAUAAUAUCUAUAUAAUAUAGAUAAUUAUAGCUUUUGGGAUUAGUUAAUUGCAACUUUGAAAUUGCUGGUAUUGUCAGAUUUGAAGAUCAUUGUCCAAUAGUUAUAAAUCAAAGGUGCACUAUGUAACAUUUCUGAUCUGCCACCUGCUUGUCUCUUACUUGUUAUUGCUUAACUUAAAAUGUUCCACAGUACGGCAUUGGAGGUUUGUAUCUUGCAUUUAUGUAAUUACAUGGAUUCAUUGCUCAGAAUUACCUUGAAAACGAAACAAAAAAAACAUGCACACAAAUCUGACCUGGAACUUGGGGAACGUAAGGAGAUGGCGGGCUCUCCACCAAAAAAGUUACAUAGUGCACCUUAAAUACAAAGCCACAACUUGCACAAUAAAGAGAUUUUGUUGUAGGCAUAUGACAUUAUAACAUUAUAAUACCUAGAGAUAAUGCUGUCUACGGUUUGCUAAUUGUGUCCAAUCAAAUUGUGACCAAGAAACUGAAGACUACUGAUGUAUACUGUUAUAACUCAAAAAUGCAAAAAUAUCCUCAAAUUAUGAAGAUAUACAAGAGGCUGAUUUGGGCUGUAGAAUAAGUCAUUAACCAUGUGUAGUGAAAUUACAUUGUGUUUCUUUCAUUGUCAUAUUUAUUAAGGUGCAUGGACGUUUAAAUGUAACUGGGUUUCUUUAGUUUUUAUUUGGGGCUUUAUUUUAAAGUAAUUACACAUUGCCUUAGAUGGGAAGUCAGCAAUGGUUUGUCAAUUGAAGAUUAGGAUUUAUAACAGCCAAAAUAAUAAUCAAAACAAAUAAUCAGAUUGAGGAAUUAAGAAUUAUUUUAAUCCAGCCCCCAAAUUCUGAAAAUUAGAGCCUGUAAAACAAACUAUAAGGGAAUAAGAAGGUAAGAAAGUAUAAGAAAGUAUUACAAUGCUAUGAUUGGUGCAUGAAGAAUGUGUACUUGAAAGAUUUUAAUGGAAAUUGAGUGUAAAAAAGCAAUAAAAAAUGUGCAAUGUAAA